UGAUGUCAGUGUCAGAACCGCAGCUUUAUUAAUAUUAUCUUGCCAGAGUAAGUUAAUUGUGGCCUAUGUUUCUGAGACACAUCUCCAUUUAUAAAAUUACGUUCAAACAGAGGACUUGAAGCCAAUCAUUCUGGGAUAAACUUCAGCAAAGGAAACGGAAUGAGCGAAACAAUAGCCAGCAAUGUUAAGUUCGAAGAAUUAUGUACCGUAUUGGAAGAAGUCUCAAAAGCAAGCGGCGAAAAAAAGAAAACUGAUACUUUGGAAAAGUUUAUCUCGAAGUGUCGUAAUAAAUUGAAAAGUCUGCCUCCAGAGACGGACGUUUCGCUUUUUCCUAUACUGAGACUAAUUUUACCGCGCCUGGAACGAGAACGCGGCGCGUACGACUUGAAACACAAGUCCCUUGCUGCUCUUUACACCCGUGUAUUUUGUUUAGGAACGAAUCAGGCGAACUCGCUUAAACAGUACAAAACUUCGGUCUCGAGUAAAAUCACAGGAUGCGAUUUCGCGGAAAGAGCUUUGUCCAUAUUAAAAAAUCGGUUGCCGCGCAAGAGUUCCGACUUUACGAUCGAGCGUAUCAAUUUAUUUCUGGACGAUAUAUCGUCGAAAACUGACAUCGGCUCAAAGGAAGAGAAGUUUAAAAUUCUAUUAAGGAAAACGAAUGGGUUGGAGUUCAAAUGGAUAACGCGAAUCAUUUUAAAAGAUUUGAGACUCGGCAUCGGGGAUAAGAAAAUAUUUGCAGUUUAUCAUCCGGACGCGAAUUCUAUGUUCGAGGUGUCGUCCGACUUGCAUCAAGUUUGCGAUACAUUGCAAGAUCCUUUCUCGAGACACCAGCAGGGUAUUAAGAUCUUUUCUCAUUUUAAACCUAUGUUGCUGGAAAGAUAUCAGAUCGAAGAUGCAGACAAGCUUUUCGCUAACGGAGAACAGUACAUCGUGCAAUGCAAAUACGAUGGCGAACGAUCUCAGAUACAUAUGAAAGAUGGGAAAUAUAAAUACUUAACGAGACAAGGAUAUGAUAUUACAAAUAAUCCUGGUUACGGGGAAAGUAAUUCUUCGGGAUUUAUGAGUAGCGUGUUGGGCCGAUUAUUAAAUUCGCAAGUCAAGUCGAUAAUCCUAGACGGGGAAUUAAUAGGCUGGCAUAAAACGAGAAAGGAAUUAGGCUCAAAGGGAAUGAACUAUGACGUUAAGAAAUUAACGGAGAAGAGUCAUCAUCAACCAUGUUUCGUCGCAUAUGAUAUUAUUUUGUAUAACGACGAAUUACUUAAUAACGAGCCUUAUGAGAAGAGACUAGAAAUUUUAAAAGAUGCGUUUAAGGAGGAGGAAGGAUGCCUCUUACUAGCUGAAUCAAACAAAAUUAGCAAUAGCGAGCAAUUAUGCAAAAGAUUCAAUAGAAGUAUGAAGGAUAAGGAGGAAGGGAUUGUGUUAAAAAAAUGUGACAGUAAAUAUAGACCAAACGUAAGAGUAGGCACCGGUUGUUAUAAAAUAAAAGCCGAAUAUUCAGACGGUUUGGUGCAAGACGUGGAUCUGAUUAUCCUCGGCGGUUAUUACGGUGAAGGAAGCUUUAUCGGUUUAAUAAAAAGCUUCUUGAUGGGAGUAGCUUCUCCUCCGACUGCUCCCGGUGAAAAUCCGGCAAAGUUUUUUUCUGUAGUGUCGGUCAGCAACGGCUUGCCUAGAAACACAUUGGAGGAACUUGGGAAAAUGUUUGAAGAUAAAUGGCAAGCGGAGUGCCCAGAGAACGUGCUCCCUCCCAGACGUGAUCCGCCAACUUUAUGGAUUCGUCCUGAAAAUUCUAUUAUAUUCACGAUCCGAGCUACGGAAAUUACAUCGAGCAAUGAUUAUCCAACCGGAUACAGUUUGCGAUUUCCUAGAGUUACGUGCGUUAGAACCGAUAAACCGUGGCACAGCGUUUGUACAACUGAUGAAUUGUCAUCAUUAAUCAAGGAUGCGCGACCAAUUCAAAAGUUGACAAAGCGAGAGGCAAAUUGCGAAGACAUUGAAGAACCGUCUGAAGUUAAAAGACCUAAAGCAGCAAAACGACGUCCUAUAAAGGUUGAAGAGAAAAUGUCGAACUUUACUAUUUACGACAAUCCGCCAACUUAUAUUACCCGACUUUUGGAAAAUAAAGAAAUCUGCGUAGUUAACGGCGACGACGAGUUCUCGAAAGAACAAAUUGAAAUAAUUCUUUCGCAGCAUAAGGCGAAAGUCGUGCAGAGUCCUUUAAAAGAAACUUACUGCAUUAUCGUCGGCGAUGUGAGAAAGCCGAGGGCAAAUCAUUUCAUACGAAGCAAGGAAUACGAUGUAGUGACAGUAGAUUGGUUCAGACGAGUUACCAAAGAGGAAAAUUGGUCCUCAUUAGGAGAUUUCUUACCAUGGGAAUUACUAAGCAGCCGCGAGUCGACGAAAAAUCGAUUGGCACAAUACUACGACGAUUACUAUGAUCAUUACACCAUCGACGCUGACGAAGAGACGUUGUUACGUUCGUUUAAAAGAAUUGAAGAACUAUUCGAUACCGGAGUUUCGCCUCAUUCCAUGUUCCGUGGUAUCGUGGGGUAUUUCAAGGAUCAAUCGGACUUAACGAAAUACGAGUUUCAAUUCAUGGCUGGAACCAUUAAAGAGUCUAUCGAUGAUUCAGUGACGCACGUUUUUAUUAAUAAUGAUAAUGUUUCUCCUGAACUUCAGGAUUUCAUUGACGGCAUCUCACCUACGUUGACGAUCAGCAAAAGUGAUUGGAUCGGUGAAUGUUUUAAGCAAAACGCAGUUAUCCCUUAUUCGAAAUAUCUGCUUCGAUAACUAAUAUAUAUAAUUUAUUUUGUAUUAUAUACACAUGUGUAUACGUUGUAUUUCUAAGAAAGAAAUAAAGUAAAUGAAUAUACUUAUUUACCACGCAGACUAAAACGACGAGCGAGGUGAUAUAAUUUCGUGAUCAAGUCAUUUAACAAAGAAAAUUUGGAGUAUAAGUGUAACGCGUAUAUUUGUAACAUGAGGAACGAAAAUAAUAUAGAUUCGUUUUGGCUCAUAUUUUCGUUAAGUGCUAAAGAAACUGGGUACUAGACGGGAGUGACAGUUGGACAGUUCGCUCAUUUAACAUCCCGUUUCGAAAUAUUUCUUCUUCGCGGUUGAAGUCGGCACCCUUGCCGUUCUCGUUUUAUUUCAUCGGAAUGCGUGCAAAAUACGAGGCGAAAGGGACGCAGCUGCGACGUUUCCUUUACAAAGCCUGCCAUUCAGAGAGAUUCUCGAGAAGAUUAAGACGAGAGAAGUUUCAAAAAAAGACAUUACCCGCUGCGCGGACGUCAAUUCCUUUCCCCAGAUCAAUCGAUUUAAUUGCAGAUUUUUAAUAGCAAUAUAGUGGCCGAAUUUUUAAACCUAGCACGAGUGCCCCAAUUCCUGUUCACGUCAGUUUCUACUGGUUUAAGAUUACACACAAAAAAACCGGUGAGUGGAAUUACGUGAACAAGAAUUAGGACAAAUUUACAAAAAUUAGUUUAAGUAAAUAUGAAAAAAAAAGCA